CGCUUGUUUGCGCCUGUGGCCGGAUAAAAACCCCGGGUGGGAGCGCGGCGCCGCGGAGCGGGUGCGGCGGCGGGUUGAGAUUCUGAACGAGGCCACCUUUCCACGCAGCAAUGGCACCCACGCUUGCUACUGCCCAUCGCCGGCGCUGGUGGAUGGCGUUCACAGCCAUCAUUGAAAACCUGCUCUUCUCUGCUGUUCUGCUGGGCUGGGGGUCCCUCCUCAUCAUGCUGAAAGCAGAAGGGUUUUAUUCCUACCUGUGCCACGAGUCGGAAAACACCACCAGCAGCCCUGGACAUGAGAACAGCACAGCUCUGGAGCACAAAUGGCCUUCCUGCAAUGCCCAGGAUGAAAUGCUGAACUUGGCCUUCACCAUUGGGUCCUUCCUGCUCAGUGCGAUCACGCUGCCCCUGGGAAUCGUCAUGGACAAGUAUGGCCCUCGCAAGCUGCGGCUGCUUGGCAGUGCCUGCUUUGCUGUGUCCUGUGUGCUGAUUGCGUAUGGUGCCAGUAACCCAGACUCUCUGUCUGUGCUGAUAUUCAUCGCGCUGGCUCUGAAUGGCUUUGGUGGGAUGUGCAUGACCUUCACAUCACUUACACUGCCCAACAUGUUUGGUGACCUUCGUUCCACGUUCAUUGCUCUGAUGAUUGGCUCCUAUGCUUCUUCUGCUGUGACUUUUCCAGGAAUCAAGGUUAUAUAUGACUUUGGGGUUUCCUUCAUCCUUAUUCUGCUUGUCUGGGCAAGCUGUGCAGGACUAGUUUUCCUCAACUGUUUCUUCAACUGGCCACUGGAGCCUUUCCCAGGACCAGAAGACAUGGACUAUUCGGUGAAAAUAAAGUUCAGCUGGCUGGGAUUUGACCACAAAAUCACUGGGAAACAGUUUUACAAGCAAGUAACAACUGUGGGGCGCCGUCUCAGUGUGGGGAGCUCCAUGAAGGGCCCCAAGGAGCCAACAGCCUUGCAAGAGAACAACAAACUCUGCCUGUCUACAGUGGACCUAGAAGUGAAGUGCCAGCCUGACAACACAGCUUCUCCCUCCUUCAUGAAGAGUGUCUUCAGUCCUAUCUUGUUGCUCAGCCUUAUCACAAUGUGUGUCACUCAGCUGCGGCUCAUCUUCUACAUGGGAGCCAUGAAUACCAUCCUUGAGUUUCUGUCUGGAGAUGAAGAUCAAGUGGCUCUCUACACUUCCAUUUUUGGGGUAUUACAACUGCUGUGCUUGCUGACAGCGCCUGUGAUUGGGUACAUCAUGGACUGGCGACUGAAAGAAUGCGAUGAUAGCUCAGAAGAGAAUGAGGACAGCAACACUGAGCAAAGUGACAAGAAAAAGAAAACACGUGAUCGUCAGAUCCAGAAAAUCACCAAUGCCACCAAUGCCUUUGUAUUCACAAAUGUCCUGCUGGUUGGAUUUGGAAUCACCUGUCUUAUUCCUAAUCUACCGUUGCAGAUUCUUUCCUUCAUUUUGCACACAAUCGUGAGAGGGUUCAUCCACUCGGCUGUGGGAGGUCUCUAUGCAGCUGUAUACCCCUCUACUCAGUUUGGCAGCUUGACAGGGUUGCAGUCGCUGAUCAGCGCCCUUUUUGCCCUUCUGCAGCAGCCUCUUUUUAUGGCAUUGACGGGACCUUUGGAAGGAGACCCUCUCUGGGUGAAUGUUGGCUUGCUUGGUGUGAGCUUGUUGGGUUUCUGCCUUCCAAUCUACCUGGUCUGCUACAGACGCAGGCUGGAGAGAGAAAAAAAGCAGAAGAUGGAUGAUGCCAAACUUUUCCUCAAAAUCAACGGCACUCCCAAUGAAGAAGCCUUUGUUUAAACUGGUGCUUCGAGUACAACCUCCCUUGUACAGGUUCCUACCAUAUCCGUGGGUUCUACCUGUGGUGUAAGCCAGGCUUUUUCUCCCCUGGCUCUGCCAGUCUUUGCUCUUCACUGGAGUGAGGGCUGGACAUCAUGACUGAGCUUUCCUCAGAUACAUGGCAGGAGGAGACUUCCCACUCCUUACGCCAGAACAAGGGACACUUCUCCGUUUUAUAAAGGCCACACAGAUACUGUGUCUUAAAUUAUCCCCUGAUCACACCCUCCAGAGGCAGAGUCUCUGCAUAGGAAACUAGGGAGAGGAGGAGUAGAGGGAUGGGGGAAGAGGGAAGAAAGACUGUAAUUAGAGUUUGCAAAUGUAAUGCACUGAAGUCUCUUUUCUCCCCCUCUUCCCCCAACCUUGGCUGACACUGUCUCAGAUGCAAGCUGCACUCUCCUCCCUCCCUGAGGCUUCAUAAUGGUCUUUCUGCUUGAUAUGUAGCUGGACCCAGUGUUUUUACUGUCUAUCCAGACAUACCCCAGACUGUUUCUGAGGCAGGGAAGGGGGUUUUAUUCCUACAUGUAUGAGCACAGCUUCAGUGUAUUGCUAUGUGUUGGCUGCUAGCACUGACAGCUCCCAAACCUUUUAUUACUGCAAAUGACACAGACUGUGACACAAUGGAUCUGCCUUCCACGCUGAAAUGAAGAGCCUAGUGGACUGCUUGGUCUAAGACCAAGCCUUCAGAGGCCUGGAAUUCCCCUUCUUCCUGGCCUACAAACCACCUGUACAUGUUUUAAACUGUCUGCAGUCCUGGAACCUUUGAGAUAGGAAUUGGAUCUCAUUUACCAAUGAAGUGCUUUGAGACUUGUUGCCUUUUGCCUCUUCUUCCCUCCAACAUGACCCUGGGAGGAGAGCAGCAGCGUGUAUUUAGUACAGUGGAAAAGCUUCUUGAAGCUGAGUUCUGGGGCUCCAGAUACCUUGGUGUUCACAUGUUAUGAGCUGACUUGCUGUUGAAAGGAAUCAAGAGUGCGGAACACUCCUUUGUGUCUGGUAACUGACUCCUGUGGACGUAUGGCAGGGUGAUGUGGUGAUGUGAUUCUUCCUCUAGCCAUAGCUUAUUUACAUUGUUCUGAUAAUAGCCCCCAAACUGCUGAACACCAGGUUAUUGUGACUGACCAAAAAGCUGCCGGUUUGGCUGUACUAAGAGCCUUCUACAAUGUUGAUGCUCUGUCUGGACAGAGUAUGUGGUGAUUGAUUGUAUGGUCAAACUGACUUCUAGAGCAAUACAUGUGGCUAAAGGUGUCCCAGGCCUGUUCACCAUGGAAGGAAUACAAAGGGAAUUUUUAACCUGCUUAUUUUUAUAGGGGUUUUCCUAAGUCCUGUCUAAAGCUGACUUUUCUGCCCUUAACCUUCUUGUUGAGGUUGGUAGCUCAGUCUCUGUAGCCUUGUGACUAAAGUUAAUCACUGCAUCAUUUGGACCUGUUUGGAGCAGGACUGUAGCACUGAGGGUGAACAUCAGCGGGCAUGCAGCAGCAUACUCACUGGGCUAGUGGCUGCAGGAAGAUUGGGGGCAGAAAUAAAACAGUUAUGAAGAUGUGUAGUGGUGGCGCUUUCUGAACUGCUAACUCCUGCAUUACUGCAAAGCCUGGCAGGGGGUAAGUCAUUCAACUUCUUUGUCUGGUCAGAAAAGUACAAGACUCCAUCACUGCUCUGUUAGCUCUAAGCUGGGGCUUAGAAACAACAGUGCACUCGGACCUUCCUUUGAGAAACUGCCUGGAAACUGGGUGUUAACUCCAUUACUGGUGGUUUCAAGCAUGCAGAUGCUCAGCCCAGCCAGGCCUCCACCGUUCCUAAAGAGCAAGUCUGGUGACCUUGCACAGAGAGCCUCGGCAGGACUGCUGGAAGCCCUGCUGCAGAGUCCCUAGCUGGUGGCCUUGCCAGCACGGGAUGGCCAGGCAGCUUUGUGGGACAGCAGCGCCAUCUCGAGUCACUGCCUCCAGCCAGCCUCCUGCGGGCAAUUCAGAUGCUACUCCACUCCAUGGUACCUUUUAGUCUUCAGUCACUCUUGUCAAAAUGACUUGCCACUUGAGUAUUUUACACGUUUGUGGAACCUUUUUUAAUGUGUUGCCUUUAUUAAAUGUGUCUGUUCCAAGACA